UUUCUUGCAUUACUGCUCAAAGAACACAAACUUCGUUUCUCCGUCAUCGGAGCAUCAUUCAGAAACGUUCUGCUGAUCUGUGAAUCGUUGCCUGGCUCUUCGAUCCAGGCAGUGUUACAGGUCCUCUGCCGGCAGGAGGAAGCAGUCCAACAAAAUCUGAAGACCCAACACUUUCAGAAGCAGUGAUGAUCAGGCUGGCAAACCACAAAACCUUGCGAGCUGAAUGGAUGUCUUAUUAAGCCUUUAGAUGUAGUGUGGCCAGCGUCGUCGGCAGAGGAGACUAAAGAGGAAAAAAAGGGCUUGCAAGCGUUGUGUGGUAAAUCACUGCAGACCCACUGGGAGUGACGGCCCUAGGAAGUGAAUGAUCUCGCCAGCAAAGAAUUGACUGCAGUUUUCCAGAAACAGAACAUGAUGUACAACAGGGAGGACAGACCCCCAGAUGUCCUGAAGAUGGCAUAGUAAAAAAAUAAAAUUAGAAGGCACCUUCUAAUGAUCGUGAACAUCUCUACCCGUGGAUGCCAGCCCAGGCCAGUGGCUUCGUGUUGAGCCGAAGGAACUUGUCCACUGUAUUGCCGAAAACCUCUUUCUCUCCUAAUUCAUGAGCCAGCAGGAUGCGGUCGCUGCGCUUUCAGAACGCCUUCUCAUAGCUGCGUACAAAGGCCAAGCGGAGAAUGUGGUUCAGCUCAUCAACAAGGGCGCCAAGGUAGCGGUUACCAAGCAUGGCCGGACCCCCCUGCAUCUUGCUGCCAAUAAGGGCCAUCUUUCUGUGGUCCAGAUCUUGCUGAAGGCUGGCUGUGACCUUGAUGUCCAGGAUGAUGGGGACCAGACCGCCUUACACCGGGCCACGGUGGUGGGGAACACCGAGAUCAUCGCAGCACUCAUCCAGGAGGGAUGUGCCCUGGACAGACAAGACAAGGAUGGGAAUACAGCCCUGCAUGAAGCAUCCUGGCAUGGUUUCAGCCAGUCAGCCAAGCUGCUCGUUAAAGCAGGAGCCAAUGUGCUUGCCAGGAACAAGGCGGGGAACACGGCUCUGCACCUGGCCUGCCAGAACAGCCACUCCCAGAGCACACGCGUCCUCCUCCUGGGUGGCUCCCGCGCUGACCUCAAAAAUAAUGCAGGCGACACCUGUUUGCACGUUGCUGCGCGCUAUAAUCACUUGUCCAUCAUUAGGCUCCUCCUCAGUGCUUUCUGUUCUGUCCAUGAAAAGAACCAGGCUGGAGACACAGCCCUUCAUGUUGCUGCUGCCCUAAAUCACAAGAAGGUGGUUAAACUCUUACUAGAAGCUGGAGCAGAUGGAACCAUCGUCAAUAAUGCAGGCCAGACUCCGCUGGAGACCGCCCGCUACCACAACAACCCAGAAGUUGCUCUCCUCCUCACUAAAGCUCCCCAGGUCUUGCGCUUCAGUCGUGGGCGAAGCCUGAGGAAAAGGAGAGAGAGGCUCAAGGAAGAAAGGAGGGCCCAGUCCGUGCCAAGAGAUGAGGUGGCCCAAAGCAAGGGAAGUGUCUCAGCAGGGGACAGCCCCAGCAGUGAACAGGCUGUACUCAGAAAAGAGGAAGCCAGAGAUGAAUUUCUGUCAGCCUCCCCAGAACCCAGAGCCAAGGAUGACAGGAGGAGAAAGGCAAGGCCUAAGGUGUCAGCAUUGUCUGACCCCACCCCACCAGCAGACCAACAGCCUGGACACCAGAAGAGCUCACACACACAUCACCACCCCAAGAAGAGGGGCCGGCACCGGUGCUCGUCCCCACCACCACCCCAUGAGUUCAGGGCAUACCAGCUCUACACGUUGUACCGGGGCAAGGAUGGCAAAGUGAUGCAGGCACCAAUAAACGGUUGUCGAUGUGAACCUCUGAUCAACAAGCUGGAGAAUCAGCUGGAGGCAACGGUAGAGGAGAUUAAGGCAGAGCUGGGAUCGGUGCAGGAUAAAAUGAACACCAAGCUGGGGCAUAUGGAGAGUAAGACCCAGCACCAAAUGCGAGUUCUGGACAAACUGAUGGUUGAGCGACUCUCGGCAGAGAGAACAGAAUGUGUGAAUCGUUUGCAGCAACACUCAGAUGCGGAGAAGCAUGAGGGAGAGAAACGACAGAUGUCCUUGGUGGAUGAAUUAAAAACCUGGUGUGUGUUAAAGAUUCAGAAUCUGGAGCUGAAGCUUUCUGGAGAUUCUAGGGCCUCCAGGGCUAAAUCUACACCAUCUACUUGUGAAUCCUCUACAGGUGUGGAUCAAUCAGUGGUGACUGCAGGUCCAGCAGCAGCUUCUGACAGCUCCUCUCAGGUGGUCAGGCCCAAGGAAAAGGCCCUCAAUUCCACUGUUGCUCAGAGACUCCAGCAGGAGCUAUCUUCCUCUGACUGUGCAGGCUCCCGGCUGAGGAAUGCCAAGGUCCAGACAGCACUGCUACCCCUGAAUGAGGCAGCCAGAUGUGAUCAGCAGGCUGGGCCUUGCGUCAACAGAGGCACUCAAACCAAGAAGUCUGGGAAAAGUGGGCAGAUGAGGCAUCGAGCCCAGCAACCAGCACCUAGCACCCACUGUGGGCAGCAGCAACCAGCUGCAGGCAGUGAACUGACUACCCCCCACAUUCGAGACACCUCCCAAGCCCUGGAGCUUACCCAGUAUUUUUUUGAAGCUGUUUCUACCCAGAUGGAAAAAUGGUAUGAGAGGAAGAUUGAAGAAGCACGAAGCCAAGCCAAUCAGAAAGCCCAGCAAGAUAAGGCCACACUGAAGGAACACAUAAAAAGUUUAGAAGAGGAACUUGCUAAACUAAGGACUAAAGUGCAGAAAGAAAGUUAGGACCUGGAAGGUAGAACAAGAGAGGAUUCUUGAGAAUUUCCAGUUUUGCAACAACGGAAUAGCUAUGCCUAUGGAGUUGAUUUUUGUGCACAUAGCAGACUUGCCUUUAAAAAAAACAAAAACCCAAUAAUUUCUGAAGUGUGCCAGACAUAUGCUUCCUAUGCCCUGAAGAUAUGAAGUCUUCAACAAUUAACCUGAAACCAGGGGAGCUUGCUUAGUGUCAUGUUACAUUAUAAACUCUAAACCUCAGUCCAGGUUCAUUUGAAGUUCAAAAGCUCAGAUUAAUUCAGCCCCACUAAGAAAUGGAAUGAUGUGUAAACCUAAACCCUAAAGUUCAAAAGUGGAAGAAAAAAAACAAACUCUUAUGAACUCAAGUAGUCAUUCAUAUAAAUGUCAACCACCUGCUGUGCCUAGAAAGGAGUGUCUUUUAUGUAAGAGUUGUAACUCUGUGAUGUGCAAAACCUCCUUUCUCAAAUUUGUAAUUCCCAAAAUGUUGAUGUUUUAACUAGGUGAAAAUUUAUCAGAUUUUGAGGAUUUUGUGGGAAGAGAUUUUCAUGGUGUCAUAAGA